AUGAAACCGGAAGGCCCACUGCCGCGACAGGAAAUAUCUGGAGUCUAUGAGAUUUGGUGCAGUUGCGGACAAAGCAUCUACGUCGGAGAUACUGGAAGAGUUCUCAAUACGCGCAUUGCCGAAGACACGGCAGCAGUGUGGCGAAAUGAUGCCAAUUCCCAAGUUGCGACUUAUUCGACAAGACCCGGCCACACAUUCAGAUUUCAUGAGGCCGAAACUCUCGCAAUAGGUGAUAAUCGUAUGAGCCGAGAAAUAAUUGAGUCAUGGUUCACGGUCUCCCAGUCCAUAAACAAGUGCAACGACUUGCCCAAUCCAUAUUCAGUGCUGAGUCUCAAUUCGGCCAAAACAAGUCGCCAUUUGGGGAACGCACAGGCCACCGCGAAGUUCUACGCCAAAACAGAGGAACCAGAUGGCCGAGCAAUCAUCACGCCCAAUUCUACCACGCGUGAUGUAUGUUCAGCAGGUCAGGGCCCACAUUCCAGUCAGCGAGCAAGUAACGCACAAGAGGGCAAUUAUCGUUAA